AUGACAGUAGAAAAUAUCACAGAAGAAACUUUUGCGGAACAAACUUUUACAGAAGAAACUUUACAAAAAAAAAGAGGAGCAAAAAGAAAAGGAUAUGAUAAUGAUGGAGAUGAGAAAGCUCGUAAAAAUCGUGAAAUACAAAAAAGAUAUCAAUUGAGAAAAAAAGAAUUAUUUAAUUCUUUAAGUGUGAAAAUCAAAGAAUUAGAAGAAACAUUAAAGAAAUCCAAAGAAGAAAAUAAUUCAUUAAUAACAGAAAUCGAAUCAUUAAAAGAAAGAGAUGAAUUUUUGAUUCAGGAAAAUAAAUUAUUUACAGAAGAUAAUGAUUCAUUAACAACUGAGAACGAUUAUUUAUUAAAAGAAAAUGAAUCAUUAAGAAAAGAUAAUGAAAUAUUGAGUGAAAUUUCUCCGAAUAAUACUU